UGACGACAGAUUUUUGGACUCAGCAACAAGACGCUCUUAAACUCCGAGUUACUUCAAUAUUGGCUGCCCAAUAGACUUUAUUAGACUAAAUUUCCUCACUUUUAUUUUCUUAAAACAAGUUUUUUUUUAGAGGAGGUACUAAUGGUUCUCGGCAAGGGCAGCUCGAGUUGUAACUUCGUAGCCCAGGAUCAAAUUUGGAAAGAUCACGUUGUACAUGAACAUGGAGCCUCGAAAUACUGGCCCGAAAAUUGGGGAUUCUUAAUCGAGCAAUAUCAGAAACUGGCUAAAGAGGAUACAACAGAAGCGACAGGAGCAGCAGCAGUGCGUGUCAAGCAAAGACGUGAAAAUCUUAAGCUCCCUCCAAUAGAUUCAAGUGUUGCCUCCCAACUCUCUGUUGGCAAGUCUACAGCAUUGUACCCAAACACUACCUCUCAGGAAAUUGGGUGGAGAUCAAGCCAGCGGCAAUGCAACCUGGAGAAAUAUGGCAGAUAUUCUAAACCCAGGUCUUCUUUCUUAGGACAAAUGAAAUGGCCUCCAGAGAGCAUUGGUUGAUUGAUAUCCAAUUUAUAUAUUUUUUGUAGACUUGACAUUCAUGCCGUAUAGUUAAGGUGCUGACACACAGUGCAACAUUGCAAGCAACAAAUUUGAAUUGGGGUGACACACAUUGCAACAAAAUCACCCAACAUCGCUUGUGUCAGCCUGAUAUGUUAAGAUAUAUGGUCAGAAAUUAUAAAUUUGGUGCAAGCUGAUUAGCUGGAAAUUUCAAAAUGUUGCGGGCAAUGUUGCAAGAGUAGAGCGCGAUUCAACUUCAGAUUUGUUGCAUGCAACAAGUUUGGGGUAGACACACUCUGCAACAGUCCGGUUUCGUGAAAUGUUGCAUGUAAUGUUGCACCGUGUCAGCACCUUUAGAGUACUCAUGUUCAUAAGGCCCUAUUAGGGGGAAACUCAUGUCUGAAUUUUGUCACUUCCUAUGUGGCAAUUUCAGCACAUUCUCGUUUAUUUGCUUGUAGGAAUUUCUGCCCAACAGGGCCUCACUCUCAUAGAUUUAGUCUGCCAUUCGUCAAUCUCAUGUCACUUGUUCAAAUUUAGCAGGGCCUCGAUCACGGCAUUACUAUAUUUAGAGGCAAGACCUUGAAUCUUGGAUAAAUGGAAGGAAAAAAGGAAGAAAGGAAAGAACAUGUCAUCAUUGCUAAAUGAGAACUAUUCAAUCUAUAGUGUCCUAUUGGCAAAAUUAUUAUAAUUCUUGGUUAUGUUUGUUAAAAAUCAAGUCUAAUUUAUAACCUCUCGUGACAACUAAUUCAAAGAUAUCUUAAAAAACCUUACAGACACCAAUAGGCCAUUUCAUGGAUUCCAUUACUCAAGCCUCCGCAGCGUGUAGUUAUUCUUUAGAAUUUGACUACAGUCCGCAGUAAUGAAAGGAAUUUACACAUCAACGAACAAUUGAAACACUUAAAAAUUUCACAGGUUGUAGGCAAUUUCUAAAGAAUAUAUUACACACUGACUAGGCUGAGGUUGACUAACAGAAUCCGUGGUAUGGUCUAUUUAUUCUUAGAGUUGCUCUAUCAAAGGAAAAAACAAUGCAUUUCAGUCCUCAUGAGUAAGACAUUGGUUUGUCUUCUAAAUUGAGCUGCAUUGGUCCUGCGAGGAGUCAGCUUCAAUCCCUAAACAGUGUGACCUGCCUUUUGGCCAUAGACGAGCUUUGCAUUGUGGCUAUGAAUUGUUGAUAAAACUCAAUUUCAUAUAAAUGUAGUAAAAAUCAACAAGCUUUAUGGUACCCUGACGUGUGAACUGAAAUAAUCUGUUGUGAGUUMCUGUGUUAAGGGACUAAGAAUAAGAAUAGCCACAGAAGCAUCCAGAUGUGCACAGCCUCGGCUUUGACUAGUGCUUUGAAACUUAAGCUUUCUAACUGUUGGUGGGAAGGGAGCAUUGGGUGAUGACGCUAAGAACAGCUAUGGGGGAGAAUAGGUACAAGUACUAUCAAGAUGUUAAAUAGGUAGAACUGAGACAAAAUAUUUCAUUGUACUAAAAGAGCAAAAAUGAAAUUAUUUAAGUUUGUGUUGCAAUAUGAAA